GGGGCCCGCGGCUCGCAGGCGGCGCAGAGGAGCGGCGGCAUGGCGGCAGCGGCCAAGGAGCCGAGUUGGGUGGACUGGGACGAAGAGGAGGAAGAGGAGGAGGAGGAAACAGAGCAGCUGGUUAUGGUGGAAUUAUCAGGAAUUCUUGAUUCAGACUUGCUCUCAAAAUGUGAGAAUAAAUGCAAGAUUUUGGGAAUUGAUACUGAAAGGCCCAUCCUGCAAGUGGACAACUAUGUCUUUGCUGGAGAGUAUGAAGACACUGUUGGGACCUGUGUUAUAUUUGAAGAAAAUGUUGAAUAUGUGGAUGCAGAAGGCAGUAAUAAAACAGUGCUAAAAUAUAAAUGCCACACAAUGAAGAAGCUCAGCAUGACAAGGACUCUUCUGACAGAAAAGAAGGAAGGAGAAGAAAACAUAGGUGGUGUGGAAUGGCUGCAAAUCAAGGAGAAUGAUUUCUCCUAUAGGCCCAACAUGAUUUGUAAUUUUCUGCAUCAGCAUGAAGAGGAUGAAGCAGUAGCUCCAGACCCAGAUAAAUCUUUGGAGUUGGACGAGCACGAGAUUCAAAUGAAAGAUAAUUCAAACCUGGCUUAUGAACAGGAGAAACCACCGAACUUGGAAAUAGAGGAUUCUGGUCCUCUUAUUGAUCUCCCUUCUUUUGAGACAGAAGGGUCUGUUUUUAUGGAUACUCAAGAAACCGCCUUAGAAAUCACUCCUAGAUGAAAUGUUUCUCAUAAUAACUAGUCAUGAACUUUUUAUACAAUUUUUAUAUAAAAUAAUUGACUUUGUAGUUGUUCACAAUUUUUAUUUUUGUUAGCUGUAUGCACAUUUCCAGUUAUAAUGUAGUUUAAUAUACUAGAAUCAUUAAGGACCAAAUAUUGAGUUUUUAAAAAUAUGGUUUCAAGGACUAUAGGGACCAUUCUGUGAUGAGUCCUUUAAAAUGGAGGUUUUACUAAGGUAAGUAUAUGUUUCUAUUGCAGCCAUUGCAAAUUACCACAUUUAAUGGCUUAUGUGUAUUCAGCUACAGAAGUGUAUUGUCUUUUACGGUUUUGUAAGUCAGCUGUUUGAGAUGGGUCUCACCUGGGCUAAAAUCAAGGUAUUUGUAGAACUUCUCUUCUGGAGGUAGGAUGGGGGACUCCAUUUCCUUGUUCAUUCAGUUGUUUACAGAAUUCAGUUGUUUGCAAUUGAAGGAUCACGGUCCCAUUUCCUUGCUGUUGGCCAAGAGCCAUUCCCAUAUUCCAAAGGCUGCCUGCAUUCCUUGACUCAUAGCCCCUUCUCUUCAGAGCCAACCAUGGUCAAGUUCCUCUCAGUCCUUGACUCUCCCCUGCUACUUCUGUCAUCCUAUUGAUGUUAGACCCUUCUUUUAUUUGAUAUCAUUGGGCACAUCUGGCUGACUUCCCUAUUUUAAGGUCUAUAACUUUAAUUCCAUCUGCAAAGUCCAUUUUGCCAUGUAAUGUAAACAGGCGUAACACUGAAAAUUAUGGCAUGAAAAUAUUUGGGGGGGGGGGGGGGCAUCUUCCAGUCUACCAAAGUCAAUAUUAUAAUUCUGAGAACAGAAGAAUUCAGAAGUGCUUAAGGGUGAAGGUACAGUUCCUGAUAUUUCAGCUGUAAUUUCAUUCCUUUCCUACUGAAGAAAGAUGAUUGGAAUUCAGCUGUAACAGUCAGUUUACUACAGUGAUAUCACAUUGUAAAGCCAUUAUCCUCCAAUUAAAAAUUAAGUAUUACAGUGAUAAGCUAGAUCUGCUCUAACUAGUAUUUUUUUAAGUAAAUUGUUCACAAACUUUGAUACAGGUUGAUCUAUAUGAAAUUACCAAUAUUUGCUUCUGACUAUAAAACCCAGCCAUUUUAUAUGGUUUAUGCUGGUAUAAAACACACCUCACAUUGAUUAUAUCUCAUAGUGCUCUGUGGUGACCUAGAGAUGGGGGAUGGGAGAGUGGGAGGGAGGCUCAAGACGGAGGGAGAUAAUGUAUACUUAUGGCUGGUUCACGUUGUCCAGCAGUGUUGUAAAGCAAUUAUCCUCCAAUUAAAAGUGUUAAAAAAUUAUUUCUCUCAACUGUUGGAGGUGUAACUUUGUUUUGACAGAUUAGAAAAUUAAUGUUUUAGAAUGAGAAAUUUUUUUCUUCAGUAAGUUCUGUAUCUUUUUCCUAUUUAAUUGGAAAACAACAUACCCUGAUUAAAAGCCUUUCCAAAUCAUAA